AUCAAAAUUAGUCGUGUACGAUCUUUGUUGAAUUUCGGAUGGAUUAUUUGGUUUCUUCUCUAUAAAAAAUAAAAACGGAAUUAAUAUUUUUUUAUUCGCAUGUGCUGAUAUUUUUUUAUUUUAUUAUUAUUAUUCCUGAUGAACCUUUAAGAAAAAAUCUCAUAAUAUAUAAUGGCGCCAGGGGGAAAUGAACCACCAUCAACUUACAGCACAAACAUAAAUACUGCGUCCGCAACAGUACCGGCGAAAAAAGACGUAAAUGUUUUACCGCUACCAAAAGAUUUUCAAAUAUCGGAAGAAACCUCAAGCAGCACAGAAAAGAGCAAUAAAAUAUCAUAUUUUCAAUUGUUUCGUUAUUCGACAGUUGGCGAACGAUGUCUAAUUAUAAUAGGCGUAAUAUUAGCAUCCCUGGGAUCAAUUGGUAUACCUUAUUCCAUAGUUAUAUAUGGAGAAUUCUCCUCUUUACUGAUUGAUCGUACUGUGGGUGUGGGUACAUCUUCAAAUACGUUUAUAUUGCAAAUUUUUGGAGGCGGCAAAAGAUUAACGAAUGCUUCGUACGAAGAAAAUAUGCAGGCUAUUAGAGAUGACUCUGCAGCAUUUGGCCUAGGAAGUUUAGCCGGCGCUUUGCUCGAGUUGAUUGUUUUAGCUAUAGCUGUAAAUAUUUUAAAUAGAGUGGCUCUUAAUCAGAUUGGACGUGUAAGAAAACUAUUUCUAGAGGCCAUUCUUAGACAGGAUAUGUCUUGGUUUGAUACAUCAUCGGGAAAUAAUUUCGCCAGCAAAAUGACUGAGGACUUGGACAAAAUGAAAGAAGGCCUUAAUGAAAAGAUCGCAAUUUUUAUAUUCCUCAUAAUGACGUUUGUGUUGGCAAUUAUAGCCUCAUUCUUGUAUGGCUGGAAACUAACAUUAGUUGUGAUUAGUUGUUGUCCCUUCAUCAUAAUAUCCACCGCUAUGGUUGCUAAAAUUCAAAGUUCAUUGACGCAAAAGGAACUACAAGCGUAUGCGGGAGCUGGAGCCGUUGCUGAAGAGGUAUUCGCCGGCAUUCGUACCGUAUUUGCUUUUAGCGGUGAACGCAAAGAAGAAGAAAGGUUUUCUAAACUAUUAGUGCCGGCCGAAAAGACGGGACGCAAGAAAGGUCUGUACUCGGGCAUUGGGGCCGGCGCAAUGUGGUUUAUUAUCUAUUGCUGUUAUGCCAUUGCAAUGUGGUACGGCGUAAAGUUGAUUGUAGCUGAACGCUAUGAUGUGGAUAGACAUUACACCCCGGCUGUGUUGGUGAUUAUAUUGUUUGGUGUCAUCAUGGGCGCCCAGAAUUUAGGAUUCUCUUCUCCUCAUGUUGAAUCAUUUGCUACAGCCAGAGGUGCUGGCCAAAAUAUAUUCUCCAUCAUUGAUCGCAAAUCAAACAUUGAUCCUUUAGAUGCCAAGGGCGAUAAACCCAACGAUGUAAUCGGCAACAUAGAGUUUAAUCAAAUUUAUUUUCGUUACCCGGCACGACCUGAUGUCGAGGUUCUGAAGGGUCUGUCUUUGAAAAUAAAGCCAGGCCAGACGGUGGCUUUUGUGGGCCCUUCUGGCUGUGGCAAAUCCACUACUUUACAGUUGAUGCAAAGAUUCUAUGAUCCUCUUCAGGGAACGGUUAAGAUGGAUGGUCGUGAUCUGCGCGAUUUAAAUGUAUCAUGGCUGCGUUCCCAAAUUGGAGUAGUGGGCCAGGAACCAGUACUCUUUGCCACCAGCAUUGAAGAAAACAUACGCUAUGGAAAACCAGAUUGUUCUAUGGCCGAUAUAGAAAAUGCUGCACGAACUGCCAAUUGCCAUGAUUUUAUUGUCAAACUACCACAUGGCUAUAAAACUCUGGUGGGCGAACGUGGUGCUCAAAUGUCGGGAGGACAAAAACAACGUAUUGCUAUUGCCAGAGCCAUUGUCAGAGAUCCCAAAAUUUUGCUAUUAGAUGAAGCCACUUCUGCCCUAGAUCCCACAUCAGAGAAACGUGUACAGGAUGCAUUAGAAGUGGCCAGUAAAGGAAGAACGACACUCGUAGUAUCGCAUCGUCUUUCCACCAUAACAAAUGCCGACAAUAUUGUAUUCGUCAAAGAUGGUGUUGUGUCUGAACAAGGCACUCAUGAUGAGCUAAUGGCCAAGAGGGGUUUAUACUAUCAGCUUGUUAAAAUUUCACAACGUACCGAAGACACUUUGGAGGAUAAAAAAGGCAUGUCUCUAAAGAACGCAAACAAACAACAAAACAGCGACGAUGAGGAGGACGAGGACGAAGUCAGUGAAGUGGAAGACGAUUUGGAGCAAAAUGUAAAGGACAUUAAUAAGACCGUGGGAGAAACAAUUAAGAAAAAAAAGCGUAAGAGUAAAAAAACGAAGAUCGAUGAAGAGGAAAAAUACAAUAUUUCCAUUAGCCAAUUAAUGAAAUUAAAUGCUCCUGAGUGGCGUUACAUUCUUAUAGGGUGUAUAGCAGCAAUGUUGCAUGGUGCUACCUUUCCAAUAUGGGCUGUUUUGUUUGGUGAUUUCUUUGGAAUCUUAUCCGAUGAAGAUGAUGCAUACGUACAGUCUGAAUCGAUUUUCUUUUCGUACAUGUUUCUUGUCAUUGGCAUAAUCGCCGGUUUGGGUACUUUAAUUCAAACGUAUGCCUUUAACACGGCAGGUGUUAAAAUGACAUCGCGUCUAAGAAAAACCGCUUUCCGUACACUUCUAAAGCAAGAAGUGGCCUAUUUUGACGAUGACAACAAUUCUGUGGGUGCUUUAUGUUCUCGAUUGGCAGGAGAUUGUUCCAAUGUUCAGGGAGCUACUGGUGCCAGAAUCGGUAUUAUUGUACAGGCCAUAUCUACCUUAGCUGUUGGUGUGGUGGUAGCAUUUAUAUAUUCAUGGAAUUUGACUUUGGUUACUUUGGUCACUGUGCCAUUUGUCUGUCUCUCGAUAUACUUGGAAGCCAAAGUUAUGGAAUCUAGUGCCAUGGCCGAAAAGGCAGCCGUUGAGAAGGCAUCGCAAGUGGCUGUAGAAGCCAUUGCAAAUGUUCGUACAGUUGCUAGUUUGGGUCAGGAGCGAAAUGUUUUGGAACGUUAUUCAGUUCAUAUUGAUUUAGUGGAAAAAGCCUGCAUAAAGAAAUUAAGAUUUCGAGGUUUUGUAUUUGGUCUAGGCCAAGCGUCUCCAUUUCUGGCUUACGGUCUAUCGUUGUAUUAUGGUGGCAUGUUGGUGGCCAAUGGUGAAGUUAACUAUGAGGAUAUUAUAAAGGUUUCUGAGGCUUUGAUCUUUGGUUCUUGGAUGUUGGGCCAGGCUUUGGCUUUUGCUCCCAAUGUUAGCGAAGCGGUAAUAUCGGCUGGCCGUCUUAUGAAACUGUUUGAUCGUAUACCUAACAUGCAUAAUCCACAAGAUAAACCGUUUAAUACUGCAGAUAAAACGGAGGGUAACAUCACCUAUGAAGAUGUGAACUUUGAAUAUCCCACCCGCAAAGGUAUACCAAUUUUACAGAACUUUAAUUUGGAAAUCGAAAAAGGCACAACAGUUGCUUUGGUGGGCCCAUCAGGCUCUGGAAAAUCUACAUGUGUGCAAUUACUACUGCGCUACUAUGAUCCUAUUAGUGGAUCAGUGAAUUUGAGCCAAACUCCAACAACCGAAUUCUCAUUCGACACUCUACGCUCAAAAAUGGGCCUCGUUUCGCAGGAACCUGUACUAUUUGAUCGCACGAUAGCCGAAAAUAUUGCAUAUGGCAACAACUUCCGCGACGAUAUUCCCAUGGCUGAAAUAAUAGAAGCAGCUAAGAAGUCAAACAUUCACAAUUUCAUAACAUCUUUGCCACAGGGUUAUGCCACAUCGCUGGGUAGCAAAGGUACCCAGUUGUCGGGCGGGCAAAAGCAACGUAUUGCCAUAGCCCGAGCCAUGGUAAGGAAUCCCAAGAUCCUUAUUCUAGAUGAGGCUACUUCGGCUUUGGACAUGGAAAGUGAAAAGGUUGUACAAGAAGCCUUAGAUGCGGCACGAAGUGGUCGUACUUGUGUAACCAUUGCCCAUCGUUUGACAACAGUCCGUGAUGCCGACUUAAUUUGUGUGCUGAAGAAGGGCGUGGUCAUCGAACAUGGUACCCACGAUGAAUUGAUGGCACUAAGGGGAAUGUAUUAUGAUUUGUACAUGAUGCAACAAGUUGCCUAAACCAAGUAUUAUAGUUUCAAAACUCUUAUAAAAUACAUAAAAUUAAUUGUGAUAUAUUUUCUAUUAAGACGAACAAACUUAAGAUAUUUCUAAAUAAAAUUGUUUUGCCUUCGGUUUAAAAAUAAAAACUA